CAAAGUAAACACAAGUGUCAGCCACCGAAAAUCCAAGAAAAUGACCAGCUUUAAGAAGUUCAGCCUGUGCCUGGCGAUACCUCUGAUGUGGACUUUGGUCGCAGCCAACACGCCAAUUAGACAAUGUGCCGACAGCAGCUAUCCCCAGCCAUUGAUGGUUCAAAUCGACGAAUGCGAUGCCUUGCCCUGCGAUUUGUGGAAGGGAACUGAGGCCAAGAUCGACAUCCAGUUUGUUGCCACUCGCAAUUCGAUGAAGAAGCUGUCGGCCGUAGUCCACCUGACCUCGUUGGGAGUGACGAUACCGUAUGACCUGGAGGCUGCCCGUGGCAAUGUGUGCGGCAACCUGCUGCACGGCGCCUACUGCCCCCUGGACGCUGGCGAGGAUGUGACAUACCAGCUGCUCCUGCCGGUGACCACCAACCAGCCCGAGGUGCCCACUCGCCUGGAGGUGAGACUGCUGGACUCCGAGCAGGGUAACCGGGUUGUGUCCUGCUUCCUGGCCGACACACGGGUCAAGAAGCCCAGUUCGCUCGCUUAGGCCAUGCUUCUGAGCCGCAGAUGACUAAGAGAUUAGGCCGAGGCAUUGUAUCAAUGCUCAAGGCACUGGGCAUCAUCGGCCCAAUUAAUAGCGCGUAAGCUGUUGGCACUUAAGUCCGACAAACACUAUUAGCAGUUAUGAAUA